CGCCGAAACUCACGCUUCGAAGUGUUAUCACACCCAAAAGCCCAAGUAACCGAGGUUUCCUCUCAAGGUGGGACAUGGUUUCCAGCCAGCUGCUAUUGACACUUCUUAAGAUAAGCUUAUAUCAUCUCACAGACUUAUUUUCAUCACAGGCUAGGCAUUGGACUUUGUUCUUCGAAUCAUAACUCCAAAACACUACUCCUCGUGUCAAUAAAAGGUUUCUGAACUGAAUCUUGAUUACGCCACUGCCACAACUUGCCACUUGUUCUACAUAUUGCGCCUUGGGCCUCCUGUGGCUGUUUCCGCACUGAGCUCAGCUCCUGUCAUCCAUCAACGGCCAUAGCCUUAGAUACAAUGGCUUUGCUGGUCCCUCAGAGGCCCUCUAUCCACCAUUCAAUCUCUUUUGGAAGAUGGAUCGACAACCUUCAGCAUGAGGGUGAAGAUGGCAAUGGUCAUCCUGCUAAGUUUGUAACAAGUCACGAUCUGAUUGAACAUUGGGAUUAUCGACGUGUCAGAGAACUUCUCAAGGAGUACGACGUAUGUGCCAAGGUGGAUAUCAUACGUAGCACAUACAUCCGCGUAUUUAGCAUCCUCGUCUCCACGUGCCAUCUGGAAUACCUUACCGAUUUCAUGGAACACAGUCUUAACGAUGAGAAAUUACCUCUCGAGAAGCGCCCGUCCCAGUGGCCCGAAAGCAAGCAUCUCGAUGCAGUUUUUGGGGAUUUUUUCAGAUGCCAGUGGAAAUUCUGCCCCCUACAAGUGAGCACGCGCACGCUCCUGGGACAGCGAUUAGACGAUCGUCACAUCCUUCCCAUAGUCUCGAAAAGGAUACUCCGCGAGUUCCACGGAGAUGCUUGCAUCAUUCAAGCUAACUUUCACGCUGAUUGUGUCGAAGGACUGCCAACCACCAUGAUCCUCAAGGCAUAUACCAACCAAAAGCUACACAAGGCAGAAGUCAAUGCGUUUACAAGGAUUUACAAUAGUGCACCUAAUGAACGAGGCCACAGGCCGAAAAACAUAGUUGAACAAUACGGGCACUUCGUACAGGGCGACAAAUACUAUCUUCUCUUGGAAUGCGCCGAAGGAAACCUAGAGUCCUAUUUCAAAAAUACGAGACCGCCUGAAUCAGCGAAGGACAUGAUCCAAUUUUGGAAGAGUAUGUUCGAACUCCUGGAGGGUCUCACUCUCAUUCAUAACCUGGGCAGUCUUGAUGAAGGAAACACCUCGGCAUUUUACGGCUCCCACCAGGACAUCAAACCGGGUAAUAUCCUUGUGAACUCCAAGUCUUCUAACAAGUACGAUAUUACCCUCAAGAUUGCCGACUUUGGCAUGAGUGAUUUUUGGCAGGUUUCGGCUGAAGACCCAAACGCCUUAGGGGUCGAUAACAAAGGAGAUCAGUGGUAUAGUGCUCCCGAAUGCGCCACAAACUUCGAUGCAUUACGCAGGUUCGACAACCGGAUCGGAUCCGCAGUUGAUAUCUGGUCUCUAGGUUGUGUGUUUAGUGAAGCAGCGGUCUGGGCCGUGUGUGGUCACUUAGGUCUUCAAAAAUAUCUUGAACACCGUCAGGAAGAGGCUAUGGAUUCCAUGAGUCGUUCUGGAUUUUCAGGCUGCUUCCACGAUGGCAAUGAGCCUCUAAAGGCGGUUACCUUGAUGCACAACCAUAUCCUUAAUAGCAGAGGACACUGGGACACCAUUACCCCCGGAGUAAUCGACUUGGUGUGCGCGUCAAUGCUACUGGAGCCUAUGGGCCCGCGGAGGAGCGCGAAAUACUUACUGCAACGGUCUGAAAGCCUUCUCCAAGAUGCAGAAGAUAAGGCACGAGAGGAAGGUUACAUACCCCGAACAAGUCCAUCUCUACCAUUGCCCCCUUUUCUCCCUCCGACCAAUAAGAUCACAGUCGAAGAAGUCCAACAGUAUCGCAACGACAUGAAGAGAAAUCGACCACCAAAUGAACACGUUUCAAACCAAUGCAAUUUACUAAUGGAAAAGAUUAAAGGUCGAGACCAAAUUUUCCUAAUUGAUGAUUCAGCAUCAAUGAAAAGGCAGCACUGCGACGAUGUGGUCAACACUUUCAUCGCCCUUUCUUACCUGGCAAAGAAAAUUGACGACAACCAGAUUGACCUGUACUUCACAUCACAGCCAUCCCAAAAGCGCUCUAACCGCCGCACAUCGAAGCUCCUCAGCGAAGUUCAGCAGCAAUAUAAUAGACAUUCCAGUACCGGGUCUACCAUGGAAUUCAGCCUGAGCGCAGUGAUAGAUUAUAUUAUGGAGAAACUACCUAACCCCCAUGUAACGUUUACGGGUAUACCCGGCCUUCCUCAGUGGUUGAAGCCACGUCCAAGGAUCACACUUUUCGUCUUCACGGACGGACGGUGGGGCAGCAAUAGCCGCGACUCUGUAUCUGGAGUCGAAAACGAAAUCACUAGACUCAUAAACGGGGUUAAAACGCGUGGCCUAAGCAGGACUUCGGUUACAAUACAAUUCAUUCGAUUCGGAGACGACUCAGAGAGCAUCGAUCGACUCAGGUAUCUUGACAACUUUGGCAAGCAAAUAGGCUGGGACAUUGUCGACACCAAAUCACACAAAGACCACGUCCCGGACAUGUUCAUUGGCAGCAUUGAUGACGCCGUAGACGACAACGAGGACGAUAGAAUCUAGUACACGCCGGUAUUGGAACCAUAUUAAGGAAACAUCGAGCUUAUCCCGGCUUAUCCCGAUCAGGCAUAGGUACUAGAAAACCUAUGCGUCACAAAGACUUAAGCUAUUGCUUAGGUAUGGAUUUCAUACUAUUUCAUCUAACAACACCUUUCAAGUUCCCGGAGCUCCGCCAAAUUUCUAAAGGAGAGUUUGGAGUUCCAAAACCAAACUAUGAUAUUUUUAAUAUAUCCAACAAAGAUUUCUAAUAAUAUGAAACUAAGUUAAGUCUAGUUAUGUAAUUCAUUCUUUUCCAGGGUGUAUAGCAAUUAGUUCAUUAUAUUUUCUCGCAUAUUUAAAAUAAUAAGGGGCUUUAUAAUAUUUCAUGAAUUUUUAAGCACAUACGAAAUAAAUUAAAUUAAAU